UCUCUCUCCUCUGUUUUCUCUCAUUUCAUUACCCCGAGACACGUCUGGUCUUUCUUUUUUCCUUCCUGCCUUCCCCUCCGCGAUGGCUCGUCAUUCACGGAGGGAGUCCUUUUCCGACUUUGCCGGCUCUGUGGUUUGUCCUGACACUGAUCUUCUCUGGCCAUUCGGCAAGCUUGAUGGGCUUGAUCGGGAGGAAAUCCGCGAGACCGCGUAUGAGAUAUUUUUCGCGGCGUGUCGGUCAUCACCUGGAUUUGGAGGCAGAACUGCUCUCACGUUCUACUCGAAGCACAAUGUAACGGGAGACCAUCAAGGAGAUGGAGUAGGUGGAGGAGGAGGAGGAUCCGGGUCGUCUAACGGGUCUUCAUUCGGGUCUUUAGGGAGGAAAGAAGUGGUGACAACACCAACAAGCCGAGUGAAAAGAGCGUUAGGGUUAAAGAUGCUAAAAAGAUCUCCGUCUAGGCGAAUGUCGACGGUAGGCACAGUUGUGGGAGCCAUGUCAGCUCCUUCGUCCCCUGGUCAUGGAAGCAUAGGAGGUGGUUCAUUGGGACACGUUAGCCCCGGAGCUGGGUUCUUGACGGUCCCGCCUUCUCGGCCUAGACGACCGUUAACCUCUGCAGAAAUCAUGAGGCAACAAAUGAGGGUGACGGAACAGAGUGACACUCGGCUUCGGAAAACCCUAACGAGGACGCUUGUUGGCCAAACGGGUAGGCGAGCUGAGACGAUAAUCCUUCCGUUAGAGCUUCUCAGACAUGUGAAAACAUUGGAGUUUGGUGAUAUACAUGAGUAUCAGAUUUGGCAAAGAAGACAGCUCAAAGUCCUUGAAGCUGGUCUUCUCCUUCACCCAUCAAUCCCUCUUGACAAAGCCAACAACUCUGCGAUGCGUCUGCGAGAAAUCAUCCGCCAGAGCGAGACGAAACCCAUCGACACAGGAAAAACCUCAGAGACAAUGCCGACGCUCUGUAACGUUGUGACCUCCUUAUCCUGGCGCAACACCAACCCGGCCACCGACGUAUGUCAUUGGGCUGAUGGAUACCCUCUUAACAUCCAUCUCUAUGUGGCGCUUUUGCAAUCCAUCUUUGACAUUCGUGAUGAGACAUUGGUUCUUGAUGAGAUCGAUGAGCUCUUGGAACUGAUGAAGAAGACAUGGUCGAUGCUGGGGAUCACGCGGCCAGUGCAUAACUUGUGUUUUACUUGGGUUCUGUUCCAUCAAUACAUUGUCACCUCUCAGAUGGAGCCAGACUUGCUUGGUGCCUCUCAUGCCAUGUUAGCUGAAGUUACUAAUGACGCCAAGAAGCCUGAUCGAGAGGCUCUUUACGUAAAGCUUUUAAACUCCACACUGGCUUCUAUGCAAGGAUGGACCGAAAAAAGGUUGUUGAGCUAUCAUGAUUAUUUCCAACGAGGGAACGUGGGAUUGGUCGAGAGUCUUCUACCAUUGGCGUUGUCGUCGUCUAAGAUUUUAGGGGAAGACGUGACCAUCUCUCAAGGGAAUGGUGAUCAAGAGAAAGGCGAUGUGAAACUGGUAGAUUCUUCAGGGGAUCGCGUCGAUUACUAUAUUAGAGCCUCCAUCAAAAACGCAUUCUCAAACGUAAUCGAGAGCAUGAAGGCCAAAAUCGCAGAAACAGAUGAAAAAGAAGAAGAAGCGGCGAAGAUGUUGCUUCAGCUAGCCAAGGAGACAGAGGAGCUUGCUUUGCACGAGCGCGAGUGUUUUAGCCCUAUACUUAAAAGAUGGCAUUCGGUUGCAGCUGGUGUCGCCUCGGUUUCUCUUCACCAGUGUUAUGGUUCCAUCUUGAUGCAGUACUUGGCUGGCCGGUCGACCAUCACUAAAGAGACUGUGGAAGUUCUGCAAACGGCGGGGAAACUCGAGAAGGUUCUUGUGCAAAUGGUGGCUGAAGAUUCAGAGGAAUGUGAAGAUGGAGGCAAAGGGCUUGUUAGAGAGAUGGUACCGUAUGAAGUCGAGUCCAUUAUAUUACGACUUUUAAGGCAGUGGAUGGAAGAGAAAUUGAAGACAGUUCAAGAAUGCUUGAGCAGAGCAAAGGAAGCUGAAACUUGGAACCCAAAAUCCAAAUCAGAACCCUAUGCACAAUCUGCUGGAGAGUUGAUGAAGCUAGCUAAUGAUGCGAUCGAUGAGUUCUUCGAGAUCCCGAUUGGAAUUACAGAAGAUUUAGUUUAUGAUUUUGCUGAAGGAUUAGAACAGCUCUUCCAAGAGUACACCACCUUCGUUGCAUCUUGCGGAUCAAAACAGAGUUACAUUCCUACGCUUCCUCCUCUUACAAGAUGUAACAGAGACUCCAAGUUCGCGAAGCUAUGGAAGAAAGCCACGCCGUGUACUGCCUCCGGUGAAGAUCUUAACAACCUCGGUGGCGCCUCCGCUAUCUCCGAUGGUCACCACCCGCGACCCUCCACAAGCCGCGGGACCCAACGCCUCUACAUUCGUCUCAACACUCUACAUUUCCUAAGCUCUCAGCUUCACUCUCUCAACAAAGCCCUCUCUCUCAACCCGAGGGUCCUCCCAGCGACUAGAAAACGCUGCCGCGAAAAAAGGACCAGCUCGUCCUCUUACUUCGACUUCACGCAAGCUGGAAUCGAAUCCGCUUGCCAACAUGUCUCUGAGGUCGCAGCGUACAGGCUAAUCUUCCUUGAUUCACACUCGGUCUUCUACGAGAGUCUCUACGUAGGAGAUGUCGCUAACGCGAGGAUCAAACCCGCGUUACGAAUCUUGAAACAGAACUUGACGUUAAUGACCGCUAUUCUUGCGGAUCGAGCACAAGCAUUAGCGAUGAGAGAAGUCAUGAAGGCUUCGUUCGAAGUGUUUCUAACGGUUCUGCUAGCCGGAGGGUAUUCCCGAGUUUUCGAUCGAACGGAUCACGAUCUGAUCGAGGAAGAUUUCGAGAGCUUGAAGAAAGUUUAUUGCACUUGCGGAGAAGGGUUAAUACCGGAGGAAGUGGUGGAUCGAGAGGCGGAGACGGUGGAAGGAGUUGUGGAAUUGAUGGGUCAACCAACGGAGCAACUUAUGGAAGAUUUUAGCAUCGUGACUUGCGAAUCAAGCGGGAUGGGAUUGGUCGGGACGGGACAGAAGCUUCCUAUGCCUCCGACCACUGGAAGAUGGAACAGGUCGGAUCCGAACACGAUAUUGCGAGUCCUUUGCUAUAGAAACGAUCGUGUUGCUAACCAGUUCUUGAAAAAAUCGUUCCAAUUGGGUAAACGAAGAUGACACGAGAUAAAGGAAAAAAAAACUUGAUCGUUGUGUAAAGUAAAAUACUCGUCGGCCUGUAUGAUAUAUAGAGAUAAAUAGAAAAACCGUUGUUGAUAUAA